GAAUAUAACAAAAAUCCAAGGCGAAAUUCGUCACUCUUGUCAAAAUGAUGAAAUUCGUAGCUCUCGUCCUUUGCAUCUCUGCAGUUUGGGUGGAAUCAAUCCGUGUUUCACCCGGAAAAGUACGCAUAAUUGGUGGUCAUACUGCUAAAGCCGGUCAGUUUCCUUUCGCUGCAGCCAUUUACAAAAGUACAGCUACUGGUACUUAUUUCUGCAGUGGAGCUUUGAUUAAUUCUCAAUGGGUUUUAACAGCUGGACAAUGUGUCGUAGGAGCCCAUUUGUUCACUAUUCGUCUAGGAUCAAACAGUUUGAGUGCAAACGAUCCAAAUGCAGUGAGGUUGGCAACAGAUCUCUACUUCUUACAUCCUGAAUACAAUGCAACAAAUAUGGCGAACGAUAUCGGGCUUAUCAAGUUCCGCUUACCUGUCGCACUAUCAGAUUACAUUAAACCUAUCAGUAUGUUGGCGUCUGCUACUCUUCCCGAUGCCUCCCCUGUCAUAACUUUCGGUUGGGGACAAAUUAACGACGAAAAUGCCGGGCUUGUCGACGAACUCAACUAUGUUUAUUUGACAACACUCAGUAACGAAGAAUGUCAACUCACUUAUGGAAGUCAAGUUACAGACCAAAAUGUUUGUGUCAGUGGAAAUUAUAAUGAAGGUACUUGCAAGGGUGAUCUUGGCAGUCCUCUCUUUCAAUACGGUGGCUCUUCGUUGAUAUACCACGUGGGUGUUUCAAGUUUCUUAAGUUCCAAUGGAUGCGAAAGCACUGAUCCUUCUGGAUUUACAAGAACUAGUCCAUACGUCAACUGGAUCAAUAAUGUUACAAACUCUAAUUGUGUUCGUAUUAUUGGUGGCAAGACUGCCAAUGCCGGUCAGUUUCCUUUUGCAGCAGCAAUCACCAAAAGUACAAAUACUGGUACUUAUUUCUGCGCCGGGAGCCUAUUUAAAACAAAAUGGGUCAUAACAUCAGGUCAAUGCGUUGAUCAAGCCAAGUUGUUUACAAUUCGGAUUGGAUCAAACAGUUUGAGUAGUAAUGAAGCUGAGAGAUUGUCCACUGAUAUUUACUACUUGCAUCCGGAAUUUAACAGGACCACAAUGGAAAACGAUAUCGGUGUGAUUCAGUUUCGCCUGCCUAUCACAUACACUGAUUACAUCAAACCUAUAAGCUUACUGUCAAAAGUAAAAAUCCCCGAUUACACGUCUGUUGUAACAUUAGGUUGGGGCCAAACUAGUGAUGAAACAUCUGGAUUAGUUGAUGAACUCAAUUAUGUCUAUUUAACGACAUUGAGUAAUGAAGAAUGCAAACUAACUUAUGGAAGUCGAAUUACUGAUAAUAUGGUGUGUGCAGAAGGAAAUUACAAUGAGGGUACUUGUAAGGGUGAUUUGGGAAGUCCAAUGAUACUCUAUGGUGGAGCUUUGACUUAUCUUGUUGGAGUUUCAAGCUUUAUAAGUUCAAAUGGUUGUGAAAGCACCGAUCCCUCAGGAUUUACAAGGAUUGUUCCUUACGCGUCUUGGAUUUCUAACAUAACAAACUCUAAGCAGCCAAGUCCAGUUUUAAACACUAAAAAUGUUCGCAUUAUCGGUGGAAAUAAAGCUGUCGAUACUGAAUUUCCGUUCAUGGCAGCUAUUUGGACCACCACUUCUCUUGGUAGAUACUUUUGUGGUGGAGCAAUUAUUGAUAAAGAAUGGAUUUUGACAGCUGCAGAUUGCGUUGAUGAUGCCAAAUCUUUUAAAAUUCAGUUAGGCUCAGUUAGUUUAUCAACAUCUGAUAAACACAGAGUUAAUGUGAAUGCAACCGACUUUGUCAUUCAUCCAGAUUUUAAUUCAACAACGUUACAAAACAACAUUGCUUUAAUUAAGCUUCCAGAUGCUUUAAAAUUUAAUGAUUAUCUCAAUGCAAUAGCACUACCAAGUACUGCACUUGAAGACAGUACAGAUGCAAUAAGUUUGGGAUGGGGCCAAACUGAUGAUGAACAUUCAGGACCUGUUGAUGUGCUACAAAAAGUGACUGUUGUCACUUUAACUAAUGAGCACUGCAAAUACACUUACGGUAAUCAAAUUACAGACAAUAUGGUUUGUGCUUUAGGUGCAUUUAAUGAAGGCACUUGCAUUGGUGAUAUUGGUGGUCCUUUAGUUCAACCAAAUGGAACUUUUAUUCAUGUUGGAGUUGCAAGUUUUCUGAGCUUUAAUGGAUGUGAAAGUAUAGAUCCUUCUGGAUACGAAAGAACGUUUAAUUCUCUUGAAUGGAUUAAAAAUGUUACCAAAAUAUCAUAAUCUGUUUUGAGAGUAAAAAUGAUAAUAAAACUGUUAAUG